UUCCUCAUAAAUUUCACGAUAAAAAAUUUAAUUUUUUUUUUUUUAAAAAAAAACAAUAAUAAUGUCUUACGCACCAACUCAACAAAUGCAAAUGUCUCAACCUCCUGCUACUUCAACAGGAGAAUGGAAACACGGUUUAUUUUCAUGCUUUGACGAUUGUGGUUUAUGUCUUCAAACAACAUGCUGUCCAUGCAUAACUUUUGGGCAAAACGCAUCGAAGCUAGGAGGGAGCUGUUGUAUGUGUUGUUGUGUAUAUACCUUUUCUUCUUGUGUUGCAUGGAUACUUGGAACUUCGAAACGUGGAGAAAUUCGAGCUAGAUAUGGCAUUAGAGGAGGUACAUGUGGAGAUUGUUGUACACAUUUAUGCUGUACUUGCUGCGCCUUAAUUCAAGAAGCACAACAACUCAAAGAAUAAACCACUUUUUUUUUAUUUUCUUAUAAAAUUAUAAGACUUUCUUAAAGAAAUUUUAGAUCUUUAUAAUUCUUAGAUCUUUAUUUAUAUUAUUUAUAUUCUUUAUAAUGACUUCAAGAAAUUUUAAAUCUUUAAAAUGUCCCUUUAUUAUAAACUUAAUUUAGAGUUUCGUUUUAAUAUUUCAUUAUAAAUUUAUUCAGGUAUCGUUUAAUCGAUUUCAUUAUAAACCUAUUAAGUUUUUCAUUAUUAAGAUUCGAAGAUUAGAAGAUAAUAUUUUUCUUUUUUUCCGAUUAUAUCAAUAAACAUAUAAAUAAAUAUAUAUAUAUAUC